AGGCUACAUGGGGCAAUUUAUGUGGCCAAACAUGAUGCCCCAGAAUUUGCAACCAAAUAUGACACAAGCCGGAAGCAUCCUCCCAUUUUCUCCAACUUUAUGCCCAACUGGAACAAGUGGAACAGGUUUCAACCAAUUUUUGGGCAACUUCCCAACUUCACAAAGCAACAUGCCAAGUUUAUUCAAUAGUCAAGUUUGGAGAGGACAAUCAAUUACGGGAACUCAAGUUUGGAGAGGACAAUCAAACUUUUUUGAAAGUCAAGAGCAGGGUUGGGGAGGAGGACAACAAAGUUUUUUGGAUUUGUUGAAUGGAAGAGAUAAUGUGAACAAUAGAAAACAAGGAAGUUGAAGAAAUGAGUGGAAAGCCAACCUGGCACCUUUUUGUUAUUGGAGACAGGGAUGAUGAAGUGUUUUUUGUGGAUAUGCUAUAAAGGUUUUUUCUUGAUCAAGUAUAUGGUUUGUAAUGGCCUUCUUUUGUUGAAAUUAUGGUGUAUAUUGGUUUGAAUAGCUAUUUUUUGCCAAAAUGGUUACUAGCCUGCUAUUCAUUUCAAACUUUCUGGUGUUGUUGGCCAAUGGGUAUAUCAAGCUCUUCAUCAAUCAUGCACAGAUGGGUAUUUGGUUCUUUGUAUUCCGAUCUAACCUUAAUC